AGCGUAUGUAGCUUAUUGUCGACAAUUUUGCUAUGGACACGCCCGUGGAAAUAAUGCUUGCCUACGGUCUAGAGACGCUGUGCCUUCCAGAAAAGCCCAGCGCUCGUGAUGAAACCAAGUAACAGUUGUUAACCAUGUUAACAAUUUUCACUCCCGAGUCGGUUUGGUAGUGCUUACGAUGCCAAGAACAGGCCUAUCUUUUUAUACGCAGUGUGCCUAUAUCUCACAACCUCUGUGCACGACUAUACGAGCUGUCAUUGCGCCCUUCAGUGCCCGCUAGGACACAAAAAGAUUUGCUGACGCCCAUCCAGGCAUGAAAUCACCCGUGACACUAUUACACGCCGCAGGCAGUACACGAGCCUGACACUAACAGCCACUCUCUCACACAGCAGGAUGCAGAUUGCUUCACGCGUAACCCGCAUCACCGACAGUGUCUUCAUUAGCAGUCUCCUCCUCGUUCUCCUCAUCAUCACCGGCGUCGCUAGGAUACCAGGAAGCAUCCUCCUUGCAUCCGGAGGGCACGGACUCCCGCACACCCACCACUGACUCGCGGUCCAGUUCCCGCCCCCAAACCAAUAGGCUCUCUCACACGUGCUCUGAGUACUCUCUUACAAGCAGGUGCUGCCUGCACGCGACGGAUGACAGCGUAUAGACCCUAACACUCUCGGGCCCAUGACACGACCAACUGCGCGUAUGGUGGACCUAGCGUUGGCGGGUAUAUAAACCGGCCGGCAAUGGGUACCACCACGCACAGGUGCCGGAUCCACUCCUUUGAAUUGUGUCACACUUGGAACUCGUCACGUCUCGGCUGUUUUUCUCUAGUCCCGGGUUAAAGCUAAGUCAACAUCUGGAUACCAAAGAGGUAGCGUAGCAUCAUGUUUGGAGGCCCCAUAGGCCUACAGCAGCACUGGUCCCUGUCACGUGGACUAGCAGUUUUACUACUGUGCGUACAGUAUGCUGGUCUUGCGACGGCCUGGCGGGUCGGCGACACUGAUCCCGCCGGGACUCUACUUAGCGACCCCCAGUCACCGAUGGAGGAUGAACACUCCUUAGGCUACCGCCAGCCUAACACGAUUCCGUAUUAUGGCCUCAUCAAACGGAAGCCGGCACCGCCGCGUCAACCCACCACAUACGACAUCCUGCAGCAUGCACUGUGGGACGAAAAGAUGGCCGACGAGUCGGAGGACAUCGAUGGGUACGAGGCCAGGAAGUGGGGCUACCUCCAGAGCAGGGUAAACAACAAUUUCCUGCAAAGAACUAUUGGAUACGUUCUAAAUGGGAUCGAGGCAGAAGGUGACGAGCAUCGCGCGGUAGGAGAUUAUGGGCUUGGAGACGGAACUAUCGAUAUUCAACAGCGUUCAAGUCUUCCUGAAACAUGCGGGCGUAGAGACAUGGAGCCCAGCAUGACAAAGCGGGUGGUACUCGGUCGAAAGGCACGCGAGGGCAGAUGGCCAUGGCUUGUUCAGUUGUCGGAGAUGGGAGCCCCACAGCCGUACUGCGGGGGUACCUUACUCAGUGGAGAGUUCGUGUUGACUGCUGCCCACUGCUUCGACAGACAUGACCCCAAUGACGUAGUCGUUAUUCUAGGUGACCGUGACCGCCUGACCAAGGAAGGCACGGAGCAGCGGUUCCGCAUCGACUGCGUGUACAUCCACGAGGCCUACAUCCCGAGGGGAGACUACAAGGACGACGUUGCCCUGAUUCGGCUGAAGACAGACAGGCGGAAGGUCAAGAUGGGUCCGGCCGUCCAUCCCGUCUGCCUUCCGCCUCCGCAGCGGCCCGGCCAGCCGGACAUGUUCAAGGCGGGCGAUAGGUGCUUCGUCGUCGGCUGGGGCUUUACCGAUCCGCUCACCUACUUCAACUCCCAGCACCCAGCCGUUCUCCACGAGGCCCGACUGCCCAUCUUACCGCCCAAGUCCUGCCGGAACGCCUACGGCAGCCUCUACACGGACAACAUGGUGUGCGCGGGAUACAUGACCGGGGACCACCGCACCGACGCCUGCAAGGGGGACAGCGGCGGCCCGCUUAUGUGCCGGGAGAGGUCGGGUCGCUGGGUGGUUUGGGGCAUCGUGUCCUGGGGCCACAACUACUUCUGCAACGGAUCCCCCGACAAGCCGAUACCUACGGUCUACACGAAGGUAGAGAAUUACUUGCCGUGGCUGAGGCGGAGGCUACGACUGAAACAGUGUUAAUUAAUGCAUUCUUUUACGAUAUACGAAACCACUAAGCGAUUCUGUUAAUUAAUUAUUCCAAUUAAAAGAACUUUUAAUUAAGUGCCGUGAUGAGAUAAAAAAUGUCCACAACAAUGAACAGAUUCACUUUUUGUUAGUUCUGUUUGGAGCCCGGGAACCAGACUCAUAACCAUUCAGUAAGAAACAAUGCAUCCCAUUAUUAGCACUUUCUAUAAACAACGACUUUGUCAAGAGCUUAAAAAAAGGGCUCCAAACAACAAGAUUGUCAGAGGUUCCAAAGACUACUCAUUUGUAAAAUACUUUUUCACAAAUACGUACGUACGCAAAAUAUUUUCAAGGGAUAUUUAGAUUACAGUUAUUUCAAAUACCUGAACCGGCUUAGAGACUACGGCUUAGAGACUAUCACAAAGUAUGGAUGGAUACCAGUGCACGUAUAAUUUUGUACACUGCGCUAGCAAUGGAAGCAACACUGCCUCGUUAAGGCGUCCAGUUAUUACUAAAGUAGAUAUAUCUAAUCGUCAGUGAUACAAAGGAAUAGUUUUGAAGAUUUCAUUGAUUUCUGAGUAUUUUUGAUCGACAUAUUGGAUAAUUUCAAUUUAGUAGUUGAAAGUUGUAGAAACUGAACAUCGUACAGUAGGCUAUUGCUCAUUUAUUCCUGAACUUAUUCUUAGGUGUAGGAAAAACAAUGCAUUAUGCAAUGCAUUGGAAAACGGUACAUUCUGCCUGAAAAUGAGGCCUUUAAUGGUUGCGAUUGUGUAAAUACCACCUCAACCUGUCGCUGCAUCUGGUGGCGGUGCGUGGCAUCAAAUCCCUUGAUAAAACUUUAUUGGUAAUAAAUGUUUACGGGAAUAUAGUAUUAACUAGACCGGAAGCGCUAGCUGAUAAGGCGGAAAAUUCAUCGGUUGUAAUUCAACUUAAUUAGGAUGAUUAGAAUGAAGGAGAACAUUGAAGUUGGGAGUUUCUUUAUCCACGGUGCGGCAGUAAGGCAGCAAAACAAGUUUUGAAUAGAGCGAAAGAUCGCGUUCGUUGAUUGUUAAAAAUAAUUAUGUCAGUGACUUGGAAGCCAUCGAUUCGGCAGGUUAGCAACGUGACCUCCCCGGAAAGCUAAACACCGUAGGAUAAGGGACAACUUGCCACCAAGACAACAAGAAAACCCACAUUUCUUCUAUACAGGGUGUCCAUAUAAAAAGUGUACCGAGAUGAAAAUUACUCUAAUGGCAAAAUUACUUUAUUUGUGGAAAAGACAAAUAUAUCUCAAAGGGCAGAAUGUCCUCUCUGUAAUGGUAUAUAGCUUGUGAUGUAAUUUACACAGUUGAGUGAACAAACUAGACCUACGUUGAGGGUACUGAAAUCGGCACUGUUACAACUGUGCCCUCCACGUGGCCACCAUGCCUAUCAAUGCACAUCUGACAUUUUAUGUACUUUUAUCUCGGUAUACCUUUCAUGUGGACAUCCUAUAUUUUGAAGGGCAAAAUAAGAUUAUAUCUUUCAGUGGGUCUUUUCUUUGAGAUUAAAAUUCCCCCAGCUCUGUGUUUCAGGUUAAACGUAGCUGACGGUACUGGGUCGUGCAUAAAUUUAACAAAAAAAUAGAAAAAAUCCGAUCUAAAUAGCUUGCAUCCUCAGAAAUGAACGGUUGAAGCCAUUAUUACGUUCGUCCGAUCGCUUGCCGUUCUCACAUGUGCACGUAUACCUCUUCGACAAACAGCUUAUCACAAUUUACAAUCUUACCAAUGCCUCUUCAAGAACGCGUGCGAAAUGCCCGCCAGGUGGGUGUGACGUACGUAAGAACAACGUUGACACACGUCGCGACAACCUCUUUUUUUCCUGUCACUCAAGUUUUUUUUGUAUAUUUUGAACUUUUGCGAAAUUUGAUUUCAACAAUGUAAUAUUACCAGAACCCUCAUUUUGUGUUGCCGAAGCUUAGUUCUUUAAUCGUAAAGCAAAACAACAAAGUAACGGGUAUUAAUGGAUUGCAAACUUGCAAUAAAAAAAGGUAAAUCUACAAGAAGCUCUAUGUACACACACGAAUGAGCGCAUACCUAUAAAUAUCAUGCGAUAAAGGCGGAACUACAGAAUCGCUAAUGCCUCACCAGCACGUCCAUCCAAAUCCUUUGGUCCUCCUUCGACUUUUCAAUUCAACUGAAAUCACUAUGGUGUAUUUGUGCGUAAUAUGUGAUAAAAUUUCUCUUUAUAAUUGGAAAAAUAACCACGUCAGUGUUUACACGAUAGUUGCCGUAAAGAGGUUACAGUAGUUUCUGCGAUCGUACAAUUUGGUUUCAUUCUUUGCCGAAAUGUGUGAAAAACGACAAGCUCAAGUUUGAGGCAAGUUUUAAUAUCAAAAGUUCUUUGAACAAUUAGAGUCUGUAAAUAAUGUGGCAGUUUGAAACACAGAUUUGGAUAGUCUAGAAUGAAUGUUAUUUAUGACGUACGCUAUGCCAGCCUCCAAAACAAAACUGAUGUGCUUUUAUUCCUGAUUGUCGAAUAAAAUGCCUUGAAUCACUUUUUACAACAGGACUGCAGUUUUCAUAACCCCAUUAUUGUUCCAGAAUUUCCAAAAGAUGCAACUGUAAAAUCUUCAAAGUUUGGUUCAGGUAACUUAUUUCAGUGAGGUGGCACCUCAGUAUUUCACAUUUGCACGGUUUAGUGCAACGAUGCUAGGACCGUUAGAAAUAUGAUCUGCGCACGGAACCUCGGGAAAGGUUGCUUGUUUACAUGGUUAUUUAAUCCGACAUAGAAUAAAGCCGUAUGGAGGGGGUCGGGUUCCCUUCUGAGUUCCA